AUGGAGAAGCCAGCCCAGCAGCCAACCGAGACUUCGGUCACGGCCAACGAGCCUGCCACUGAAAAGGCCCCUGAAAAACCACAGGAAGCUGUUGCCUCUGCGGCUACUACCACUGGUGAACUAACGGGUGCCAUUGAAGUAACCGAUACUACUGUAAAGAAUGUUCCCGCCGACGCGAAUGAACCGGCAUCUGGCAUGAAGACUACCAGUGAUGGGGGCCCUGAUGUUAUUCAAGAGGUUAUCGCAGGGUCUGGCGCCAACACCAAAGAUCUGAAACCCGAUGUGCCAGUUGAUGCGCGCCCAGAAUACCUGGUCAAGAACCAGCCUCUGUCCGAUUUAUUUGACCGUCUGCCCUCAAUUAUCGAAGCGGCCGCCCACAACGAAAUGUGGGGUGUCGCGUUGAAGGAUGCCAAUGACCCUCCCACUGCCAACAUUAUGAUUAAAUUUCUUCGAGCGAACGAAGGAAAUGUUGGACUUGCUGAGAACCAGCUCGUCAAAGCUCUUCAGUGGCGUAAACAAACGAAUCCUCUUAAACUGGCUGAGAGCACCUUUCAAGCUAGCAAGUUCAAAGGAUUGGGGUAUAUAACAACCUAUGACGGCGCAGAAAAUGCAGAAAAAAUUGUUUUUACUUGGAACAUUUACGGUUCAGUUAAGGACAUCGGAAAGACGUUUGGCAACCUUGAAGAGUUUAUCAAUUGGCGUGUCGCUCUGAUGGAACUCGCAAUUCGUGAGCUUCACCUCGGAGAUGCAACUUCUGUUAUGGAUUAUGAUGGGGAGGACCCGUACCAAAUGAUCCAGGUUCAUGACUAUCAGAAUGUUAGUUUUCUUCGUAUGGAUCCGACCAUUCGCACCGCGUCACGCCAGACAAUCGAAGUUUUCAGUGCUGCCUACCCUGAACUCCUUAAAGAAAAGUACUUCAUCAACGUUCCAAUGGUGAUGGGAUGGGUUUUCACUGCGCUUAAAGUAUUCCUUAGUAAGAACACGAUCAGCAAAUUUCACCCAAUUUCGAAUGGCGUGAAUUUAGCCCGUGAGUUCAGCUCCUUUGCCAACAAAAUUCCUGAGAUCUAUGGUGGUAAGGGCGAGGCUUUGGCGGAUACUGGCCGGACUGUCGCUUUUGCGGAGGAGAUCUCGCCUGACGCCCAACCACAAGCUGAUGCCGAGAAGAAUAAUGCUCAAGUUCCCGAGACGACCGACAAUAUUCUCUCUGAACCGCCGAAGGAUACCGUUGACCAAAGCGCCACUGUUCCUACUAGUGCCCCUGCCGAUCCCCGCCCAAACUAA